CUAAAAGUUUAAAACGUAAACGACUAAAAGAAAUAUAAGGUUUGUUCCCUUGAAAACUUACUAGAGCAGUUGGUGGAUGCAGGGAUUGACACACAAUGCCAAUUGAUUAGUCGAUUGAUUUGUAUAGUGUUGAUGCUGCUCGUUUCAACAGCUACUACGAAGAGAACUUUUUCAACAAUGAAACAUGUGAGAACUGAUUUGCUCAACUAAAUGAGCGAUGAAUUUCACGCCGAUUGCUCAAGUAUUUUAUUUGAAACAGUGUAAACUAUUGGUAUGGAUGUAGGUUCCAUUAUUGAUGCAUCACUAAAUUAAAAUACCGUCGUGUACAAUUUACAUUGGAAAAAAACUAUAAUCAUUAUGUUAUUUUACUAUUCAAUUUUCUAAUGAAACUCGGCCCAGUGCUCUUCUAUGUUCUGGAUCCGCCGCUGCCAAUAACAAUAUUCACGCCCUAUGUGAUAAAGCAAAUAGAACUAAAUUCAUUUACUCGUAAGCCUGGAUGGAUUUGCCCGACGUUCAGUUUCUUCUUCCUCCUUGUUCCCUCAUCACUAGAAACAGAGUAGCAUAAAACAUAGUAGUAGGGGGAGCCAAAAGCUAAUACUAUGGUGUACUGCGCACAAUUUGAAUUUCAAUCUCCAAUUUUCUCGUUUCCUUCUUUCCUUACCCAACAACACUUCUAGACCGAUGUCUUAGACGAAAACACGAUUUUUUUUUUGUCAUUCCUCCUCCUCCAACAACCUCUGCCGAGCCGACGAGCUCUUCUCAACCCAAUGGUGAGUUCUCUCACCCCCAACGGCCGUUCUAUCUGCAAAAAUCCGACACCAUUUGUGGCAGAGAACAAUCGAAUACCGAUAGAUGCAUUUGUGGCAGCGGCUGCUAUACUGGUUGUUGUCAUCAUCCUCUGCAUAACUUCCAACGUCAAUUAGGGUGGUUAGAAACAUGGCUCUUUUCUUGCUUUCUUUCAAUUUCAUUGUAACGGAGGAUCGCACAAGUGCUUUUUCGUAAAAUUAUUUUUUAUGGAAAUGCGAGGGUAUCUUUUGAUGGAAGCCCCAAGAUGGUUAUAUGGUUAUUCGACCUUGUAAACAUUUUGGCAUGUAAUGACAAACUUCUUUCGUUUCGCAUUCCAAUUUUUUUUGUCCAUAGUAUGUGUUGGGGGUGUUACUGAAAUACUCCGUGCACAGACUAAGUAGUAGAGCGCACAAUCGGCAAUGGCAACACUCGAUACCCGCUACAGGUAUAUAAGGGCUUGAAACCCUCCAAAGGAAGGGACUUCUUCUCUCCCCUAAGUUUCCACUUUCCACGAUCUCUCUACACUUUAUCUCUCUAAGUAUUCUCUCGACUCAUUCUACACAAUAUAGUGACCUGAUCGUCGGAGCUUAAUUAGGGGGCAUCCUCGACUUUCCACUGGUUCUCUCCCUCCCGAUGAGAUCAGACGAACGGAUGGCGAGUCGACCCACACAACAAUCAUUAUUGUUCAUACCUCGAGCUAGUAGGUACAAACAAUUGGCGCCCACUGUGGGGCUUGAUUUCACAUUCAUUUUUUGAUUGCCAAAGGAGGGAGGGAUCUCUGUAAUCGGAAGCUCACAAAAUCUUCAUCGGAAGGAAGGAAAGGACACAUCAAGCCUCAUAUGAAAUAAAAAAUAAAAGAUUUGGAAGUUUGAAGAAAGCAGAGAGUUGGAGGAAAGUCAAAUUUCCCUUCACCAAUCCGAGCGGCGGCAAAACCCAACCCGAAUCGCCGCCUCCGGCCGGAGUAAUUCCUUCCACAAGAGUCAGACCUACUCCUUUGUUGCCGAAAGGAAAGAAUCCCAUCCCAUGCCCUUUGAUGGAUCACUUGAAAAGUUCCAGUGGCUUUUGGCUUUGGGAGGAGACUACCUUCCUCACCAUCAUCCCGAAGACAGCAACAGUCGGUCCUCACUGUUACCUCGCCUUGUCCCUCCCGGCAUCUGCCUCGUCGCCUUCUCCUUUCUCCCAGCAGCAGUUGAAGAAAAUAACAAGUUUCAGAUUCCAUUCGCCAGAGACUAUUCAACGCCGGAGUCACUGUCACGACCUCUAAAAAAUAAGACUGAUUUGCUACAGUUGGUGGCCUUGCAGUUGGUGGCCUUGCAGUCGAGGAAGAACGAAAAGACAUGACGAGUCUCUCUCUGUCAGAAGGAGAAGCGCUUUUAUCGAGACAAAAUGGUGCAAGUGUACGCCAGGCUGUAAAGUGCCCUCAGAUUUCGCCGCUUCUACCCUAUCUCGCGUCAUCCGCCAAAGUCAAGAAUCCCCGGACCUUUUUAAUUGAGUGAAGAAGUUUGAAAAAAAUAAAAAUAAAUAAAUAAAUCAUCAUGGCGGCGGAAUACUGCCCGCCUUCAUACUUCUCAACUCUCACCUGCUGCCCUAGCCGCUUCAGCCUUCAGCUAUCAUCAAUCCCGCCUGCAACAGGCGACGUGGGCCCAAUCCACCUCACAACCUGUCCAAGUCGCGGCCUGUUUACAAAUCUUGAAUUCAUCUCACAGCCCGAAUCUGACCUGCUACCGCGCUACUUGGCCGUUUCCACACUCGAGAUUGGGCCGCGUCUCGACGCCUCCAACCCACGGCCCAACUUCCGCUUUAACACCAAUCCGCCGACAAAUGGGCUCAAGUCCUGGCCACGUCGCCAUCCAAUUCCGCCCCAAACCCUCGCUCCGCGCAACUGAGACAAAGCCCGCGCCCCAAGCACCGCUCAACCGCUCAGCUUGCGGCCCACUUCAAGUCUUGCUCGCCACAUAUCCAACUCGCGGCCCAACAUAUCCAAUUCCGCUUUAACACCAAUCCGCCGACAAAUGGGCUCAAGUCCUGCCCAUGUCGCCAUCCAAUUCCGCCCCAAACCCUCGCUCCACGCAACUGAGACAAAGCCCGCGCCCCAAGCACCGCUCGACCGCUCAGCUUGCGGCCCACUUCAAGUCUUGCUCGCCACAUAUCCAACUCGCUGCCCAAGCAACGCUCCGCUCGACCGCAAACCCUCGCUCCGCGCAACUGAGACAAAGCCCGCGCCCCAAGCACCGCUCGACCGCUCAGCUUGCGGCCCACUUCAAGUCUUGCUCGCCACAUAUCCAACUCGCGGCCCAACAUAUCCAACUCGCGGCCCAAGCAACGCUCCGCUCAACCGCUCAGCAUGCAGCCCAUCCAACCCGACUCGCAUAUUGUUUCACAGUCCGUCCACGCCACCAACUUCGUGCCUCGCAUCACUUCCCGCUCGCUAGCCUCCAGAUCCGCUUAACUCGCGGAUCGCCCAUCCCAAGUCGCGGUCCGCGUCGCACCUGGCCACCAGGGCGGAUCGAUGGAAUCUGACUCUACUCGCGGCCUCGCGCCUCACCUGGCCCACCACAAGAGUGUCACUCCUCCGAGUCAAAAAUAUUAUCACUGCCGCCAAUCCUCGAACCCGGGCCACUCUUCCGCUAGACAAGCAUACUCUACAACUCGCCUUGUGAUCCUUAGGCGCAACACUCUUAUUUUAACAACUCUUCGCGCCGCUUCGCCAACAUAAAACUAAGUACUCUAUCCCUUUAUCAUUAUUAAAUAUUAAAAUAUUUUACUGAGCGUUAAUGGCGCUAAUGGGGGGCAAGACGUACCCAACAACGUGGGAGAUGAGAUACUCAAUCAAGCGACAUAUGAUCACGGCCCGUGACUCGACUAGUUUACGCCAUGAAGAAUCUACAAUGGGUGAGGGCUAAUAAUCACGGCCCAUGCCUCGACUAGUCAAUGCCAUGCCCUCACCAAGUGCUCGACGCCUUGAAGACUCCAAACUGAGGGUUAAAAACCCCGACGAGGAGAGGACACAUUGCCUUGAAGACUCCAAACUGAGGGUUAAAACCCCGACGAGGAGAGAGCACAUUGCCUUGAAGACUCCAAACUUAGGGUUAAAAACCCCGACGAGGGAGGGCACAUUGCCUUGAAGACUCUAAACUGAGGGUUAAAAAACCCCGAUGAGGAGAGCUUCAUGAAGAAUCUACAAUGGGUGAAGGCUACACGCCUUAAUGAAAUACAGCAACUGGG